AGCACUCUCUGGGACUUUGUGCGUCCUUUUGCUUCUGAUAAUAAAUUUUCCUUUUCUUUAAAAAUUCAUUUUCAACUUGGCAGUCUCUUGGAAAGUACAAAAUAAAUGCAGGCCUGGGUCCAGAAGCCGCCCGAUCGUCCAACACGUACAUAAAAGAACAGAUUUGAUGAGCAUUAAUAGCCGUAGGAUUCCAUUGAGAAAUCCCAUCGCUUUGAUUCUCUCUCACUGUCUAACAUACAUAGGAGUAGCAUAAAGAGGUGGUCUAGCUUGGAGUUUAUUAAAGUCGGCGAAGUGGGUCAGUUAGUGUGUGAAAUGUGAAUGAAUGAAGGUAGCUGGCCGGACGCUGGUGAAGAUGGGAAGGGCACCAUGUUGUGACAAGGAUGGAGUGAAAAGAGGGCCAUGGAGUCCGGAAGAGGACCAGCUCUUGGUUCAGUACAUCAAGCAGCAUGGCCAUGGUAGCUGGCGUACCCUCCCCAAGCAUGCUGGUCUCCUUCGAUGUGGAAAGAGUUGUCGGCUUAGGUGGAUAAACUAUCUUCGCCCCGACAUCAAACGCGGUCCUUUUUCUCCUGAGGAAGAGGAUUCCAUAAUUCAGCUUCACGGCAUGCUUGGUAACAGGUGGGCUGCCAUAGCAUCAAAAUUGCAGGGAAGAACGGACAAUGAGAUUAAGAACUAUUGGAACACUCAUUUAAAGAAGCGACUCCUUUGCUCAGUCCAUAGCCCAUUGGUGCUCAAGCUCUCCUCCAAAGCUGAGCCAAUCAAUGUCAAAUCUGAAUCCCCUUCCACCCGCCACAUGAUACAGUGGGAGAGUGCCAGAGUUGAGGCUGAGGCUCGCUUGUCAAUGGAGUCAUUACUGCUCAACUCAUCAUCAAUAAGAAAGACUGACUGUGAUUACUUCCUCCGUCUAUGGAAUUCUGAAAUUGGAGAAUCAUUUCAGAAUAUCAAAGGAGAAGAUGGUGGAGUUUGUCAAAGCCCUGUCUCUCAAAAAUCCUCGCCAACCAAAUGUGGUUCUGCAGGUUCAGAUAUCACAGUACAAGCAAAAAACACCACAGCCAGCGCCUUUGCCAACAUAACUCCACAACAAGAAGACAGCUAUAGACCAAGCGUAGACGAAAUGAUGGCCAGCUCAGAUUCUCUCACCUCUUAUGAUCUCAUUGACUCUUCUGAUGCAGCAUUAGAGCUGCUGCUAGAUUUCCCAGAUGGUGAUGAUGAGGCCUUUCAAGGAUAGACAAUUUCCCACGGGUGUGGUUACCAUGGGAAGAGCAGUAGUGUUUUAGGUAAUAGAUAGAUAGAUUGGCACCACAUAUAUGUCUUCUUUUAGUGUAGUUGGUUUCCUAAUUUUCACACAGAUAGCUCAUGAUUUUCUGAUAUGAUUUUCCUAAUGAUCAUAUCAGUCUACAGGGAAGAACAGGCUAGAAUAUUUAAUAGAUAUUAAGUGGUGCUAUGUCGGAGAUGCUUUGCUUGGAGAAUAUUUAAUAUCUAUUAAGUUGUCUUUCUAGGUUCGUUC